UUGUCACUCAGACCGGCCAUGCACAAUUUUGAUACGAGAAGCGUAACACUACUGAUCAGUUCGCUGAUAGUUUCGAUAUCUACAAUUAUCAUUCUGGCAAUUUGUGUGCAUAGGAGAUAUCGUAUCCGGAAGUCGAAAGAGAGAGACAAAACGGACCAGCAAUGGGAACGAUACCGACAAUUUACCUCCGAUUUAGAAAAUGUUGAUCUUCAAAAACGCCGGGAACAACAGUUCCUCUAUACUUGGAGUAGUAACAUAGAUGAAUAUUACAUGAAGAUUAAUGGUGCCGAUUAUUAUAACGUGCCUCCUUCCAGUAUUGCAGAUGGAGUAAUACAAAAUCAAUCAAGAGAUGAAGAACAGAUGUGUGUUGAUUUGAGUAUGUUCUUCCAAGACAAGCCAACAGUAUGGGUUCCUCUACCACCACCAGACCCACCUAACCCACAAUAGUGAUAAUGAUUUAUGGUGAAAGAAGAACAUUAUUUGAAUUCUACGUAUAUAUUCCCUUGCAGGGUGAUGAAUUAGAAGGUUAUCAUGACAACUAGGACGUUCCUUCAUUUUUAAAAUUGUAUCGUUAUUUCUCUUAUUGUAUAUUCUGCAUUGGUUAACUUUCUAUACGAAUCAGCCCAAACAAAUUACCACUAUAAAUAUAAUGUGAAUUAUUCGUAUGAUACUAAUUCUCACUGAUUUCAUGGAUAAAGGAAAAUUACAAAGUGAAACAUUUCUGCUGGCAUGUAUUCAAAUGUUAGUAAAACAAUGAAAUUAAACAUGCACGCAUUUUUUUCCACAAUCCAAGAAGAAUUGUACUCACGACAAUUAAUUAAACUACAUUAUUAUCAUUGUCGUUUUCCUGUUUUCUUUGUUUAAAACCUAUUACUAUAUGUGACUUAUUACUAGAUACAUAAUGUACAGGACCAACACAGUCA